AUGGGUGUUAAAGGACUCAAUCAAUUGAUCAAGGAGUUCUCUCCUGGGGCAUACAAAGAGUUCCAGUUAAAGAACCUUUUCGGCCGGAAAGUAGCCAUAGAUGCCCUGAUGUGUUUAUACCAAUUCCUCAUAGCGGUCAGACAGAGUGACGGGGCGCAAUUGACUAGUGAGGACGGAGAAACAACAUCUCAUUUGCUGGGGAUGUUCUAUCGGACAAUCCGAUUAGUUGAGAAUGGGAUUAAACCCGUUUACGUAUUUGACGGGAAACCACCAGUUCUUAAGGGCGGAGAAUUGGCCAAACGGUCUGCCCGUCGUGAAGAUGCUCAAAGUUCAUUGGAUAAAGUUAAAGAAGAGGGCACUAUAGAAGACGUUAUGAAAUACGAGAAAAGAUUGGUGAGUGUGUCACGUGACCAGAACGAUGAAGCCAAGAAGCUUUUGCAGUUGAUGGGUAUACCAUUAGUUGAAGCACCAUGUGAGGCUGAAGCUCAAUGUGCUGAGUUGGCUAAGUCUGGGAAAGUGUUUGGAGCUGCCAGUGAAGAUAUGGAUACUUUAUGUUACAAGCCACCAUAUUUUUUGCGUCAUUUAACCUUUGCCGAAGCUAGAAAGAUGCCCAUAGAUGAAAUAGCUUAUGAACAAGCCAUUGAAGGGUUAGAUAUGGAUCAUAAUACUUUCAUUGAUUUAUGUAUCCUUUUAGGCUGUGAUUAUUGUGAUACCAUCAAGGGAGUUGGACCCAAAACUGCAUUAAAAUUAAUUAAAGAACAUGGAUCUUUGGAGAAGAUUGUUGAAUAUAUUGAGAGCCAAAAGGAUCUGAAAUAUAAGAUACCGGUUGACUGGCCUUAUAAGGAAGCACGAGAAUUAUUCUUGAAUCCAGAGGUUACACCUGGUAAAGAUGUAACUAUCAGAUGGCAAGAACCGGAUGUUGAAGGUCUUGUGGAAUAUAUGGUAAAACAAAAGGGGUUUAGUGAAGACCGUAUACGGAGUGGAGCUGAAAAGUUGAAGAAGGCAUUAAAGGGAGGAGUUCAAGGUAGAUUGGAUGGAUUUUUCACAGUAGUAGCUAAGCCGAAACGAACAGCAGCUAAAGACGAUAAGAAGACACCUGCUAAAAAGAGACGGAGAUAA